AUUUGUCCAUGCACAUUACUAGCUCACUUGCAGCGACCAGCGGGCUCUUCAAUCAACCAAGUAACAACAAAACACCCUAUCUUAACAAAGGUGUAUCUACUACAAGCCCCCGGAAAUGCACCAGCGAACUCGCUAGUGGAACCACGGAAAUGAAAGCAGCAACAUCAGUCACCAAUGCUCAUCACACCCCGAAUCUAUUCCGCGUCGCAGAUACCAGAUCGAGGAUCAUUUUUACUAAGCCGUGAAAACACCUCAGCAAUCCACUCCCUCACGGGGUGGACCCCCGUCUCUACCGGUACCAAGAAGGCCACUACGGAGACAAUGCUAUUACUACAUCAAGCUGGUAGCGUUCGUGUAGGAGAGGUAGUCAGGUAUACGUUGACUUAUGAUCCGGCAACCGACAAUUUCCGCCCAGCCCCCUCCGAGUUAUACGUCAAAGUCAAGAAUACAUCCGCAAUUCCAUUGCGAGCAGCAUACCUCCAUGGCCCUUACACACUUUAUGUGUCAUGCUACCCGUCUACAUUUGACCCGAACGUAAAACUAGGUCGGCAAGACACCGAGAAUGCACCCCAGUUUGAGCCUUACCUGAAGGCGGGUGGAAGUUGGGGUGCGACUAUUGCCAUCCCUCAAGUCGCGCGGCGAGACUUAGAAGACCCCGUCACUACAGCACCUUCAAACAGCAAUAAGGUGACCUGGGUUAUCGAGAUAAUAUCGCAGGUAUUAUUUUCGAAUUCAGCUUCUGUCAAUUUUGAGCUGCUUGUCGGUCGCGACCAAACUUCGGUAGAGUCAUUUGCUGCAAAAGGAGCGCUAAGAGGUGGCGGCACUAGACCAGCUCAGCUAGACGAUCACUGGUCUUCUGAGACACGAGGGAGACAGACAUUUGCAACAAAUGGGGUUUUCUCUGACUCUCUUACAUUACAAGUAGAUGACACUGUCAGCCUGUGGAACACGCCGUCAUUCCCAGCAUGCAGUGUGAAUAAAGAAGCCGAUGAAACAGGUGUCACUGAUUUUCUCCAACCCACGGCUGAUACAAACAAAGAUUUCUCUGCCUGCGCAAAAGAUUCACAAACAACUAGGUGUAAAAAGAAAGUCCAUCUUGUUGUGUUGACACACGGGUUACAUAGCAACCUCGGGGCGGAUAUGCUCUACUUGAAAGAAAGCAUCGACGCUGCCGCAAGGGAGACCAAAGAGAAAGCGGAAGAUUUAAGAAACAAAAAUAGGACGGCACCAGAUGGAUCGUCAGAUAGCCAUGGAUGCAGCCUUUGCGGAGGAUGCGACGACGAAGAGACCAUAGUAAGAGGGUUUCCUGGAAACGCUGUUCGUACUGAACGUGGAAUCCAAUAUCUUGGGAAACGUCUUGCAAAAUAUAUCUUGUUCAUGACAUAUCCAGAUCAGCCUCAUAUCCCUCGCAAAAACACCAAGACAAACCCUCUUGCCGGUGCAUUUGGUUCAUCGAAAAAUGGGGUUGAAGGGCCAUCUCUUGCCAACCUGAACGCUGAUCAUUCCUCGGAACAUAUAGCCCUGGAGGAUCAUACUUAUCAAAUUACAAGCAUCAGCUUUGUCGGACACUCCCUUGGCGGUCUCAUACAAACCUACGCCAUUGCAUAUAUCAAGAAACAUUCCCCCGAAUUUUUUGAAAAAAUCAAGCCUAUUAACUUUAUUGCUUUGGCAACCCCAUUCCUUGGACUUAGCAACGAGAACCCUUUAUAUGUCCGUUUCGCCUUAGACUUAGGUCUUGUUGGCCGCACGGGCCAAGACCUCGGCCUGAGUUGGACAGCUCCCAAAAUGCGAAGUGGCUGGGAAUCCAUCAUCGGUGGCAGAGGCGAUUCUGGGAAAGCAGAGGGCCGCUCAGACGCAGGGUCAAAGCCGUUAUUGAGAAUUCUGCCAUGCGGACCAGCUCAUGAGGCACUGAAAAAUUUUCAACGACGAACUGUCUACUCCAAUGUGGUCAAUGAUGGGAUCGUGCCCCUGCGCACAUCCAGUCUAUAUUUCCUUGACUGGAAAGGAUUGGACCGCGUUGAAAAAGCUAGAAGAGGGAAUGGAAUUGUUGGUACCAUGGCCGAAUGGGGUUGGGCAGAAUUGACGGGCGCAAACUCGCAGUCUCCACGAACUACUUCCCCAGCUAAUCGCAUAGAACUGAAACAUACAGAGGUAGACAGUAACGAAGUUUACGAAGGCGUUUUGAGAGCGGACCUACCUCGACAAGAAGGCACUGCUCCCUCUACGGAUGGUAACCAAUUGCCGGAACAUCAAUUGCAGAAACUGGCAAUAUCCAGCAUGUCUGCGGAUACAAAAGCGAAGGAAAACAGGAUCAAACCUACAUCUGCGUCUGAAAGUCCAUUGAGUGGCUUGUUCUCCAUAUUUCGACCAAAGGAGGCAACGGAGUUCCCCUCAGGACAUAAGGAAAACAAACUUCACAAACGGAGCCAGACUCUCAAACCUGACGACGAUAUAGAAAUUCGGGCAUCCUCGACAUUUUAUAGCCAUGAGUCAGUCACUCGUACACGCCCUAGCGAUGAAUAUACACCCCCGCGAACUACAUUUCUUGAGUCCGCCGGCGAUCUCCUCAUGCCGCCCUUGCCGUCCGCUGAAUUCAUAGCCGAUCCUGCUUCGAGGCCUCAGACUAUUUUCCAUGAUCGUGUCUAUCACCCUGACGACAUCCCACCCCCUCCGAUCACAGAUCGACGGGUUAUGACACUUGGUUCUACUGCCAGAAAAGCACCAAAGCCACAGCCUGAUCACCCCGAGGCCUCCCACCAGGCCCAAAAUGGGAAAGGAUCAUCUGAGCAUGGGCUCAAGGUUGAGGAAAGAAUCGCGAGGGCUUAUCAUCGUGAUCUGUCGUGGCGCAAGGUCCUUGUCCGACUCGAACCAGAUGCACAUAAUAAUAUCAUUGUUCGGCGAAUGUUCACAAAUGCCUAUGGUUGGCCGGUGGUUAAACAUCUUGUUGACAAUCACUUUAGGUUGGCCUCUCCAACCCAGUCUAACGAAAUUCCUAUCGCCCAUUCAGACCAGGCCAAUUCAGGCAUGACAGGAGCAGCCGAUCCGGGCCUCGAAGUUCCGAGUCGGUAGGAGGAUUAUUCUUGCAGAUGGGCCUGGGGCCGAUAUUGUGUAUAUAAAACCAUUAGUAUAAUUUAUAUUAUCAGAG